GAAAUGCUCCGGAUAGAAAAACAGCAGAAGGAAGAUAUGCGUCUCAAAGCCUGUGAGAUGGAGCGUGAACUUUACCAGGAGAAGAGGGAGAAGGAGGCUAUGAGAAAUAACAAUGAAUCUCUCCAAUACCAAAUUCAGGACAUUCAGGAAAUGCUCCGUAUUGAAAGGAACGAGAACGAAAAGAUGCAUCUCACAGCUGUUGGAAAAGAGAAAGCACUUAUCCAAGAGCUGGAUGAAAUGAAAGAGAUGACCUCUGUCCAUGAUAUCCAGCUUCAGGAAAUGCUCCAGAUAGAAUGGGACAAGAAGGAAGAGAUGCGUCUCAAAGCCUGUGAGAUGGAGAGUACACUUUCCCAGGAGAAGGAGGCUAUGAGAAGAACCAGUGAAUCUCUCCAACACCAAAUUCAGGACCUUCAGGAAAUGCUCCAGCUAGAAAGGAACAAGAAUGAAGAGAUGCAUCUCACAGCUGUUGGAAAAGAGAAAGCACUUCUCCAAGAGCUGGAUGAAAUGAAAGAGAUGACCUCUGUCCAUGAUAUCCAGUUUCAGGAAAUGCUCCAGAAAGAAAAGGACCAGAAGGAAGAGAUGCAUCUCAAAGCCUGUGAGAUGAAGAGUGCACUUUCCCAGGAGAUGGACGCUAUGCAACAAAACAAUGAAUCUCUCCAACACCAAAUUCAGGACCUUCAGGAAAUGCUCCAAAUAGAAAAACACCAGAAGGAAGAGAUGUGCCUCAAAGCCUGUGAGAUGGAGAGUGCACUUUCCCAGGAGAAGGAGGAGAAGGAGGCUAUGAGAAAAAGCAAUGAAUCUCUGCAACACCAAAUUCAGGACCUUCAGGAUAUACUCCGGAUAGUAAAACACCAGAAAGAAGAGAUGCGUCUCAAAGCCUGUGAGAUGGAGAGUGCACUCUCCCAGGAGAAGGAGGAGAAGGAGGCUAUGGCACAAACCAAUGAAGCCCUCAAACUAAAGCUUCAGGAGCUUAAACAAAUACUGAAAGACGUAAAUGAAGACAUACGUCAAAUCAACGAGGCAGAUGUAAAUGAUGGGCUGAUGGUUUGGGUCAUGGACUCGCUGGGAUGGGGAUCACAUAGGCCCCCCUUAAGGCAGCGCGGUUCUCAGCAGUAAACCGAUGGAUUGCCUCCUCCGGGUAGGGAAUGAGUCCUUACCCCAAAUGAAGGAGCUCAAGUACCCCGGGGUCUUGUUCGCGAGUGAGGGGACUAUAGAACGUGAGAUUGGCCGGAGAAUCAGAGCAGCAGGGGCGGUAUUGCAUUCACUUUACCGCACCGUUGUGACGAAAAGGGAGCUGAGCCGGAAGGC